GGAAAAUGGACCAAUGGCUGCCGUCUGUCGCCCACCGCAUUCCAAAUCAGCCCUCGGCUUGCUCUUUCUGCCGAUGUCGCUUUAUCAAAUCAACAUCUUUUUCCUUCCCUGCUCAUCACUUGUCGGGUUCCCAAUUGAGGCCGCAGAGAAAAGCUGACCCGAACUCCUCCCCUUCCCAUCCCUACAAAGGGUCGCCCCAUUGAUUCCCUUGCUUGCUCCUCGUCGUUCCCUCAUCUAAAAUGCAUUUCCAGCAAAUAGAGUCCGCCGGCCCUGGUGCCGAAGCGCAAACGUUAAAGCCGCUCAAGACCUUCACGGAGAAGUCGUCCAGUCUGCCGUUCGGACAUCAUCUGCCCUUGGAAUCGAUAAGCGGGCCUACCUAUCUUACGGCCCAGACGCUCGUCCAGCAAGUUGCCUACACCCUCUCCGACAAAAUCUUCUCUUACUCGGCCGAGACCUUCGAUUUGGACAUCGCAAUAAAAUACUGGACUGAGCAGAAAGAGAAGAAUGCGUUUGGAUAUCAGACAGGGGUUUCCUCUUUGGAGGCGAGGACCGGUGCAGGAUCUAUUGCCCUGGGGUACAUGUUCUCGAGGGACUUCGACCUCAAGAAACGCCACAUUCCUCAGUCCAUCAUAGCGUCCUCGUCAACCCUGCACUACCUUCGACCCGUGCUGGACCAGCUCUCCCUCUUGUACUCGGUUGCAAACCCGUUGAUCGCCCAUAUUGCGGCUGUCGAUUAUACCGCCGAUUCUUCAGCGGGGCUGGUCUCUGACUAUGUCUCCUCUCUGACACUUGCCGAGGACUUGGGCAUGGGUCUUGUCUGCAGUCCGUCGGUGUUUGAGGCCCAGCACAUGUCGCUCUUUGCAACCUUGCUCUCGAGCGUUCUACCUACCAUCCAUACGUAUGACGGCAUUAGCGUCGGACGAGAGACUGCUAGGCUGGUAGAUACGUUAGACCAGGCCAGGCUGUACAACAGCUACCAGGCGGUUAUGGAGGCAGUUUCCGAAGUGGACAAGAAACAUUCGGACAACGAGGGGCGUGUCGUUCGUCUGCUUCAGGCCUUCAACGACGAGUUUGGAGAGGACUACAAGCUCUUUGACUACUAUGGGCACCAGGAGCCGGAGAGUGUCCUGGUCGUUUUCGGCACUGUAGAAGCCUCACUUUCUGCUCAGGUAGCCAACGCGCUUGCAAGGGAUGGCGACAAGCUGGGUGUCAUCAAUGUCCGCGUCUAUCGACCUUUCGUGGAGGAGGCCUUCCUUGAAGUCCUCCCGAAGAGUACACAGACUAUCGCUGUGCUUGGCCAAGUGAAGGACGAGGCCGCCGUCUUCGAUGCAGCCGAAUUUUCGAGACUCUAUUCCGAUGUCAUAGCUGCUGUUCAAUUCGCCUUCGACAGGAACAUGGAAGUCAUUGAUAUCAAAUACGCGCGCGAACAAGCUUGGACACCAAGCAACAUCCUCGACGUCUUUCAGCAAAUCUAUGGCGAGAAGACUCAGUCCGAGGAAGUCCGCUCUUACGUCGAUAUUCUCAACACCGCAGACGUCCGCCAAUACACGUUCUGGAAUCUGGACAAAUCACCGGCUGCCAAUGCGCCUGUCGCACUUGGAAAGCUUCUCUCCUUGGACUCAGCCAAAAAUGUAUUUGUUCGCUCUGGGCAUGACAACCUAGUCCGCGGUGGCGCUGUGCGACACGACAUUCGUAAUGCUGACUACACGAUUGAAGCACCCUACUCAGUCGAGCAAGCUGAUGUCUCUUUCGUCGGAGACGAGACCCUUCUGCACGAGUUCGAUGUGCUUAACAGUGUCAAGGCCGACAGCUCCUUGAUCAUUAAGCUUCCUGGUGCGAAGGAUGAGGAUAUUGAGAAACGUCUGUCGCCCGCUCUUCGAAAGACAAUUCUCAGCAAAGAUGUAGAGCUUUUCGUGCUCGACCCUACUCUUUCUGAAACUCUUACAGAAUACCCCACCCUUGAGACAUAUCUCACCCAACUGGCAUUCCUGAAGAUUGCCCGUGAAGACCUUUUGGUGUCUAGCCUGCCUAAAUUAGCUGCAAUCAAUGGGAGCUCCGAGAUCCUCGAAAAGCUUGCUGGAGAACUCCACACCACUCUUCGUGAGAUCGAUGUGCCUGUUGCAUGGGGCACUGUUGACGAAGACGUUCGGCCACUUCAACUCCCAUCCGAUAUCAACAUUAACAGCUUUGCUUCCUUCGACACCAUCGAACCGGAGCCGCCGUCGCUGCUUAAGUCCUGGGUAAUUGCUGCCAAGGGGUUGUCAUUCAAGGAAGCCUAUGGUACCGAAACGGUACUCCGUCCGGAUCUAGGCAUUAAAACAUUUGUUGCCCAUGUCAAGGAGCAUCGCCGCCUGACCCCACUUUCGUAUGACAGAAACAUCUUCCACAUUGAGUUCGAUCUGGGAGACUCGGGGCUCAAGUACGCCAUCGGUGAGGCUUUGGGCAUUCACGCUGAGAAUGACAAGACCGAGGUGGAGCAGUUCAUCAAGUGGUACGGCCUCAAUCCUGAGGAGAUUGUGGAAGUACCAUCUCGUGAAGAUGCUAACAUCCUUGUGAACCGGACCGUCUACCAAUCUCUAAUCCAGAACGUGGACAUCUUUGGUCGGCCACCUAAACGCUUCUAUGAAGCUCUGGCUGAGUUUGCCUCUGAUGAGAAGGAAAAGAAAGAGUUGUUGACCCUCGGCGGCCCUGAAGGAGCAGUCGAGUUUAAGCGUCGUGCUGAAGUGGACACAAUCACCUUUGCCGAUAUCCUGCUUGAAUUCCCAUCCGCGCACCCCUCCUUCCAUGACAUCGUUCGCAUUGUUAGCCCGAUGAAACGCCGAGAGUACUCAAUUGCUUCGUCACAGCACGUCACGCCUAACUCUGUUUCCCUCCUUAUCGUUACUGUGAACUGGGUUGACCCCCAGGGCCGCGAUCGCUUCGGUCAAGCUACACGCUACCUUAACGGCCUGAAUGUUGGCGCUCCAGUCACCGUCUCGGUCAAGCCAUCUGUCAUGAAGCUACCGCCCAAAACCACUGCCCCUAUCAUCAUGGCAGGUCUCGGCACUGGUCUCGCCCCAUUCCGUGCCUUUGUUCAGGAAAGAGCCUUCCAAAAACAGCAAGGUCACGACAUUGGCGAGGUCCUUUUAUAUAUGGGCUCUCGCCACCAACGCGAAGAGUACCUCUACGGCGAGGAAUGGGAAGCUUAUCAAGACGCCGGGAUCAUCACAUUACUCGGCCGCGCCUUCUCGCGUGAUCAGCCACAGAAGAUCUACAUUCAAGAUCGCAUGCGACAAACUCUCUCAGAUAUCCGGAAAGCGUACUUGCGAAAUGAGGGAAGCUUCUAUCUCUGCGGUCCAACGUGGCCAGUGCCGGAUGUUACGGAGGUGCUGCAGGAGGCGGUCGAGGUGGAGUACUUGGCAAAACAUGGCAGGGGUGGUAGGAAGGUAGAUAGUAGGAGGGAGAUUGAGACCCUCAAGGAGGCACAGAGGUAUGUGCUUGAGGUCUAUUAAGUGGAGUUCCGGGCCGCGAUAUGCAAACACAAGAUUUUAGUGUACAUAGGCCUGAUUUCAAUAUCAAUCCGUGAAGUAGCCUAUCAACAUGAUAAUC